GAUGUUUCGUCUUAACUCACUUUCUACAUUGGCAGAACUGGCUUUGGGCUCUCGAUGGUACCAUGGGGGAUCACAGCCCACUCAGGUCAGGAGACGACUAAUGAUGGUGGCUUUCCUUGGAGCAUCUGCAGUAACUGCAAGUACUGGUCUUUUGUGGAAGAAGGCCCAUGCAGAGUCUCCACCAUCAGUUAACAACCUAAAAACUGAAGGGAAGAAUAAAAAUGAAGAGGCAGUUUGUGACCAUGAAAAAAAGGCUGCAGAUACCUAUCUUGAGCCUUAUCCAGAAGAGAAAAAGAAGAAACGUUCUGGAUUCAGAGACAGAAAAGUGAUGGAAUAUGAGAAUAGGAUUCGAGCCUACUCUACACCAGACAAAAUCUUCCGGUAUUUUGCCACCUUGAAAGUAAUCAAUGAGCCUGGUGACUCUGAAGUAUUUAUGACUCCACAAGAUUUUGUGCGAUCCAUAACACCCAACGAAAAACAACCAGAACACUUGGGUCUGGAUCAGUAUAUAAUAAAACGCUUUGAUGGAAAGACAGAGAAAAUUUCCCAGGAACGAGAAAAAUUUGCUGAUGAAGGCAGCAUAUUUUACACCCUUGGAGAAUGUGGCCUCAUAUCCUUUUCAGACUACAUUUUCCUUACAACUGUUCUUUCCACUCCUCAGAGAAAUUUUGAAAUUGCCUUCAAGAUGUUUGACUUGAAUGGAGAUGGAGAAGUAGACAUGGAGGAGUUUGAACAGGUUCAGAGCAUCAUUCGUUCCCAAACCAGCAUGGGUAUGCGUCACAGAGAUCGUUCUACUACUGGUAACACCCUCAAGUCUGGGUUGUGUUCGGCCCUCACAACCUACUUUUUUGGAGCUGAUCUCAAGGGGAAGCUGACAAUCAAAAACUUCCUUGAAUUCCAGCGUAAACUUCAGCAUGAUGUUUUGAAGCUAGAGUUUGAACGCCACGACCCUGUGGAUGGGAGAAUUACUGAGAGGCAGUUUGGUGGCAUGCUGCUGGCCUACAGUGGGGUGCAGUCCAAAAAGCUGACCGCCAUGCAAAAACAACUGAAGAAGCACUUCAAAGAAGGAAAGGGCCUGACAUUUCAGGAGGUGGAGAACUUCUUUACUUUUCUAAAGAAUAUUAAUGAUGUGGACACUGCACUGAGCUUUUACCAUAUGGCUGGGGCAUCUCUUGAUAAAGCAACCAUGCAGCAAGUGGCCAGGACAGUGGCUAAGGUGGAACUCUCAGACCAUGUGUGUGAUGUGGUAUUUGCGCUCUUUGACUGUGAUGGCAAUGGGGAGCUAAGCAAUAAGGAAUUUGUUUCCAUCAUGAAGCAACGGCUGAUGAGAGGCCUGGAGAAGCCCAAAGACAUGGGCUUUACCCGCCUCAUGCAGGCCAUGUGGAAAUGUGCACAGGAAGCUGCCUGGGACUUCGCUUUGCCCAAGCAGUAACCCAGAACUGCAAGAAGGGGUCACCUCCUCCACCCCAAGCACCCUGGAGCAGAAACAGGCACAGCCCUUCUUGAUGCUACUUAUGGAGAUAGUGCUCCCUUCCCCCUGGGAAUGACCUCAGGAUUCCACCAGUUUCCCUUCUCUACCAUCCCCCAUCCCAGUGUUCUGCUAGGCCCUGGUUCUGCUCCAUGAUCAUCGCAUAGGUUGUCAAAAACAUGAACAAGUCCUAAAGCUCAGACCUUGGCCCCUCCAUCAGCAUCACCCUUCAGCACCUUAUGGCUAAAGACUACUAGGAAUCGUCUCACGCCUGCCAUCCUGGGAAACGGCCAGUUCUCAGAUCAGUUUUGCAGUACAUUUCUAUUAACAAGAACAUUCUUUGCUUUUCCUAUUGCUGGCGUUUUUAAACUACAAGUUGGAAAAACCCCUGGCAGGCAAAAGGAAGCCAGUGGUGAAUGAUAAUGAGGGUGACCCAGGCACUCUGAGCUGGGGGAAGCCCAGGCAAGAGGAGGGAUCUCUGUCAUUCCCCGGGGUGGUUCUGAGGCCUGCUCCAGAAAAGCUGUGUACACAGUGAUAGCUGAGCAGAUUUCAGAAUUUAAAGCAGCUGCUUCGUGGCUCUCUCCAAUUCUUUCUUUUCCUCUCAGGCUCCCUGAGAAGCCUCUGUCAUGUCUCUGUGCUUUAUGAGCAGCAGUGAUUGAGUUCCUGGUCCCUGCAAGUGCCGGCCCCUCUGGAGUGCACCUCUGAAGCUGAGGCCUGGCUCAGAGCCCGUCUGCCCUCUGUCUCAAACACUUGUAAAAUAUUACUUUAAUUAUACCAGUUUCCAAUAAACCCCUCAAAG